AAAAAUAAACAACCUGAAAUAAGUAACAGUAAAUGUUGAGAUGGGUUUGAGGAUUGUGGAUAACUCUGGGGUAUCCUGCACCUUCCCUACUUAGCUUCAGUCAUAACUGGUUAAGCAGAGUGCUUGCAUUUACUUAACUCUUUCUCAUUUUCUCUUGUUCCAUUUCUGAGUAGCUAGUAACGUGUAGGAAAGUGGGUAGGUCAGAGGCUAAAAAAGGAAACAUUUCCUAAUGUCCUCCUAACCACAGCCUCUUGUCAUUUGCCAUGGGAUUGGAGAGGUGUGUUGUAUGCAUCGUGACUAAAAAGCAAAAGCAUCCCCAAAGCAGCACACUUUUUACCAUGAGAAGAGCAGAUUUGGGGGUUUGAAACACGAAUGCAGUCAAUGGGUGAGAUGCAGAUGGCAAGUUCUUCUGGCUCCUGGCUGUCCAACUGCCUGCUCUCUCUGAUCUUCCUCGAGCUGCCCACGCACCUGUCAGGGGAUGCCGGCAAGUUCCACCUGGUCUCGCUGGGGGCCACGGCCCAGCUGCUGUGCCCGCUGUCCCUCUGGCCGAUGACCGUGCCGGAGGAGGUAAGGUGGCUGCGGCCCUCACGUCAGCAGGGCUCCCGGGUCGUGCACAUGUUCCUGGGUGGGAAGGACAGAGAUGAAGAUGUGGUGCCGGAAUAUAAGGGCAGGACGGCGCUCGUGACCGAUGUCCAAGAGGGAAAAGUCUCUCUGCUGAUCCACAACGUGAGCCUUGAGGACCAAGGACCUUACCAGUGUCAGAUCCAGGUCGCAAACCUGACGCAAGAAGGCACGGUGACCCUGCGGGUUGCAGUCCCAUCUUCGGAAAGAAUCUCCUCCUCAACAGUGGCUCUGGCUGUGCUCCUACUUGUCCUGGGGCUGCUCAUCAUAGCAGGCAUUUAUGUCAUCUGGAAGCAAAGGAGAUCAAAAGAGAAGCUUCUGUAUGAACAGGCGUUGCAGGUAGAAAAUCUUCUUGAAGAUCAUGCAAAAGAAAAAGGAAGACUCCAUAAGGUCAUCAAGAAACUCCGGAGUGAACUGAAGUUGAAAAGAAGUGCAGCCAACUCAGGCUGGAGAAGAGCCCGGCUGCAUUUUGAGGCAGUGACCCUGGAUCCAGAUACAGCACAUCCGAAGCUCAUCCUGUCUGAGGACCGGCGAUGCGUGAGACUUGGCGACACGAAGCAGGCUGUGCCCAACAACCCGCAGAGAUUUGAUUUCGUUGUCAGCGUGCUGGGCUCCGAGUACUUCACAGCUGGCUGUCACUACUGGGAGGUGCACGUGGGCGGCAAGACCAAAUGGGUCCUUGGGGUGUGCAGUGAGUCGGUGCUCAGGAAGGGGAAGGUCACUGCCUCGCCUGCCAAUGGACACUGGCUUCUUCGCCAGAGUCGUAGGAAUGAGUAUGAGGCUCUCACAUCCCCACAGACCUGCUUCCGCCUGAAAGAGUUGCUAAGGUGUGUGGGGAUUUUUCUGGACUACGAAGCCGGCAUCAUCUCCUUCUACAGUGUGACCAGCAAAUCCCACAUCUUUACUUUCACUCACACUUUCUCUGGCCCUGUCCGCCCUUUCUUUGAACCUUGUCUUCAUGAUGGAGGGGAAAACACAGCACCUCUAAUGAUUUGUUCAGAACUACAGAAAUCAGAGGAAUCAGCUGUCUGCAAGCCAGAAGAAAAACCCCAUGCUAAUGGAGAUGUGUCCUUGAAGGUGAACCCUUCCUUACUGCCCCCGCAGGCCCCGGAGAUUUUCCCAUUCGAUGACAUGGUCCCGUCCUGGCCUUCUGACCUUGGCCCAGCCCUUCAAAAGCUCAAGGUUCCUUCUUUUUAGGGCUAUGCCUCAUGAACUGCUCCUGUGACCCUGCUAGAUUUCAAGCCUUCUGGGUUUUAAGGCUCUUGAGUCAACACCUGAUUCUGGAGUAUCAUUUCUCUUUAACUCAAAUCCAGACCCUUUUGUACUUCCUAUUUGUACAACUUUUCUCCUAGGGCUUCAUUUUGAACCCUGCCUCUCUUCUAGGGACUUGAAAUUCCCAUUGCUCUAGAAGGAGAUUCGUAAAAACCAAAUGCUCAAUUUAGGUUUAGGAGAAAAUGUUGAAUUGUGUCACCAGGUUUAACUUAGGGUCGGAGGAAGCAUUCUUUACUUGAGGGAAUAUUUAUAAGAAUCUCUACCCGUCUUAUCCUGUGCUCUGGCUUUGAAGAGAUAGUUCCCAAGCCCUAGCUUCUUUCUUUUCCAUCAAGGACUGUUCAUUCCUUCUGUCUAUCCUU